AUGGCCUUUGCCAUUGUUCCACAACUGGCCACAGUCACGUACCAGCAAAUCCUUUCGGUAUACAAAUAUCCUUUCCGCUUUGAAGGAUCAUUCGAGGCCGCUGUGUAUGGAAUUUAUCAGACCCUUUAUAAGGAGGCGGACUUUCCUGGGCUCUCAGCAAUAGAGGAUAGCAUCAGACUAAAGACAAUUUUAAUCCAGACAAUGGAAACCCCCGUCCAAAACCCUAGUGACUUCCUGCUUUCGUUUUUACCACCGCCUACAAUUUAUCAAAUACCAUCGUGCUAUUCACUACUUUUAUCAAUACUGCCUCGCAAUGCGCUUGGAAACCCGACCAUUGACGAGAAGGAAGCAGCAGAGGCCAUAAGGCAAGAAGGAACAACGAGUCGCUGUGGAUGCUGCUAUCAACAUAUGAUACAGCCUUGCAAGCUCUAUCCAUGUGGAACAACCAUUUGCCGGUUUUGUUUGGAGCACACCUUAAAACGACAAAAGACGCCUUAUUGCCCGGUAUGCGUUGGUCAGCAAUCCAUUGAAUUGGUAACACUGGAUGUUUCAUUGCUGGAAGCCUACAAAACCAUGAAGUUUGGUUGUUAUUUUGCUAAGGAAAAUGCCAUGGACGUCCCGGAGAAGGAGUUCCUAAAGCAGAUGAUGGCUGCAGAGCGGAUAGGGCCGAUGAUGUCUAGUUGCAUCCUAUCAUCGCCUGCUGCGGUAGAUGAUGCAACUGAUCUAAUGGCUCGAAGCAUCAUAGUCUCUAACACACAGUCUAAGGAACGGCGUGAGCUGUGCAUCAAACGUUUGGCACAAACGAUAUAUGAGCUCAAUGACCGUCUUGCACAUCAUCAGCUUUUCUUAUGCACGGAAACAGGUUGCUUGUCGGAUAUCUCCAAGCAUAUCAUGGACUGUCAGUAUAACUCUGCCUACCACAAGAGGAAGCACCUGUUCCAUGACGGCUCGCUUCUGACAAGCACUGCGCUUCUGGGGAAAAUGCGGGGAGAUUGUGUCGAGCUUGUUAAUAACUUUCUUAGCAGACUCCCCAAGCCUUCCGAGACCCUCCGUCCGUCUAUAGCUCGGGGUGUGUCUCCAGAAACAAGGCUUGAUAGUCAACCUAAACUAUCAAAAAAAUCAGAUAGCUUCAGCAGACAAUCAUUCGUGAACAUCAUCAACUCUACUCUCCGUGGGCUGGUGGAUGAAAAAGCAGAGAUGGAAACAGCUUACAUGAGUAAAAGCCAGUACAUCAGGCCAACAGAUUCCACUCAGCCUAAUUAUUGGAGGAGCUCUAGUAACACAGUGAGCAACGCAGCUACUCGAGAAUCUAUUAAUCAAUUACGGGAGAGCUUUCGUGGCCCAGAGUGGCUUACAAAGACACCGAUAACCACAAGCUCCGCCAUGGAAGCUUCGAGGCGGAUCCUAUCCAAUCCACAUCAAUCCUAUGAUUCUCAAGAGAUUGCUUGGGAUGGGAGCCGGCGGUCUGCCUCGCGUCAGUUCUUACGAACCUCUAUCGCUUCCCCUCGAGCAUAUGCCAAUACCUCGAUGCGCGGUAGCACGCUCUUUCAUAGCAGUGCACCUAUAUCGCUGUCUCCCAUGGCCAGAUCAAUUCUUGUACCAGACCAGUCCCAGUCCUUGGCAAAGAGCCCCCGGUAUAGGACGGUUGUCCCUGGCACGUUUUCCCUAUCUGCACCCUCAGAGAAGAAUACCAAAAUCAGAAAAGGCUCUGUUAAUGACCCAACAGAUGCGGUUCAAAUACCUACAGCACUGCAACCGGGCAAGAUGAUUUCUACUCCAAAGGCAACGUCUCCUAGUCGGUCAUCCAAUGUCCGCUUUUCGAAGAUACUAUCUCUAUCAACACCUGAGUCAUCGUGUGCAGAUUCUGUGAUCCUGAAGAAUGGGCUGAGCACUUGUACAUUAGACUUAGUCUCACGUCCUAAUUGUAGCCAUUGCCACUCUCUGUGCCAAAGGCUAAUAGCCAUAGAACAAAAAUACCACAGCAUCAAAAGUGACUAUGAUACCAGUAUUGCAAACCUACGCCGAGAGCUCUUGAAGCGCUCUUCAGCUGGCUUCUAUAAGGAUGAAUUAAAGCGCAAGGAUAACGAAAUAGCAAAUCUUAAGCGAUACUUGUUUAAGGUCCACCCAGAAUCGCAGGGUACUCUCUCUCCGCCAGACUCCAGCAGUCCGGAGCCUUCUCUAACUCACUCUCAGAUUAUCUUAGAGCACGGAGUCCCUAUGUCCGUGUCGCAGCUUUAUGAAAACAAUCUUCUCCCUUCUCACAUGAGGUCUUCUGUGACUAUGUACAGGCAGUCCUCUGAUGCCGAUCGCUCUUCUGCAACUACUCUGGGUCCCACAUCUCAGACAAACCUUGCCGGUGAGAUAGUACGACUCAAAGCUCUUUUAGCAAAGUAUGGUGACUAUCCCAGUGUUAAACGGAAACUAGAUCAGCUAAUUAUUGAAAAUGAGCGGCUCAAACUUGAAAAUAGCCACUUUCAACAGUUAAUUGCAACGAAGGAGGCCUAUGCCAAUGAGAUACUUAGCAUAACGUCUGUUAAAGACCUCGAAAUACAGCGGUUGCAGUCCUGCAUUCUUGAUUUGCAUAGAGAAACAGAGGUCAAGAUAGCUGCAUCCUUAAAGGAUAAGCAGACCGAGAUUAAUAUGCUGAAGGCUGUGCUACUAUCGAUGCAUAGGGAUGAUGAUCUUACUUUCAUGAUAGAGGAAAAGAAUAUAGAGAUCGAACAGCUGAAUACUGCUCUUCGGCUCAACAGGGCAGGCAAGCCAUACGAGGACGAGAUUAUGCGGCUAAUGACGAAGGUAGAGCAGCUGGAAAAUUCACUGAUAUAUGAGUGGGAGCGUACAGCCUCGCUUCAAAGUUAA